AUGAUGAGUGUCUCCGUCAACACAUCUACAGUUCCACAAGAAAACAAUCUCGUAUCGGUGAUGGAAGUCUUAAAUAAGCAGAUGUUCGAGCCAAUCACUCGAGCACUUCAAAAUAAGGCUUCAUCGGCACAAUUAUCAGAUGAUACGAUGUCAGAGUUUCAAAGCACAUUAAGUUCAAUGACAAACGCAUUGUUGUGCAAAUUUGAAACAUCAUUCAAUAAUUCAUCACCAAAUCGAAGCGAAGUUGAAAGAGAAACACCGGACAAAAUCACUUCACUCAAAUCAGAAGCCAGCGUUUCGCCAUCUGAAGUUGACACAAAUACAGUAGCAGCAGCAACAGCACAUAACAAUGCAUCGACAGCAGCCGCAGUUAAAGAGGUGGGGUUUGCUAUUCAUAUCAUAAUGUGUUGUAUAUAUACAUUUGAUUCGUUUUUCAUCGAGAGUUCCCACGAAUUUUUCGGCGUUUUAUUUCCCCCUUUUUCUUUCAUGCAUAUGGUUUUUUUCCUUCCCAUAUUGAGUCAAUAAUAGAAAACGACGAAACUUGUAUUUCAGAUGCUUCCACGUCGUAAAAACAAGCGAAGCCUUGAAGAUAUGGUCCAGAAAUUGUCUGGUGAAAAACAAUUGGAAGCUGAAUUAAACGCGGCAAAACGUACACCACCACUUCCAACUACAAAUAUGAUUUUCCCAGCAUCAGUAUUGACACCAAUGACAAGAUUAAUGAAUCCAGCAAUUGCACCAAUGGUACCACAUAUGUAUUUGAACAAUUUGUUGCAUUCGCCAUUCACCAACUAUUUGGCAAAUCUGUAAGUUUGCUCUCCCUCUUUCCUCUGUUUUAUUUUUUUUGAUUAUAUUGCCCCUUUUGUGAAAUGAAAAUGAAACAAAAGGGUAUCUGCAGUAGGAACAUGAAUCAUCCAUAUCAAUAUAUAUAAAUAUAUUGUUUUAGUUUUUCACCCCAGUAUACUGUAGACUGUUUCUUUGUUUGACCAGUACAUACAGUAUGUACAAAACUUUUUUGUUAUCUGAUUGAGGUAAAAUAAGCUCAUCGACUAGAUUUUGAUCUAAUCUCGAUUUUUCGAUUAAUUAAUUGAGUGAAGUAAUUGACACAUCUCUCUAGGUGAUGGAUUGUUAUAGGACAAGCUAGUAGAAAAUGAAAAAUGGUAGUAGGUAGGGCAGCCCAAAAAAGACCUUGAAACCAAAUUGAAAUAUUAAAUUUACAACUCCGUCAUAAAACGGCUCACUUGUUGUUUUGCCUAAUUCGAAGUGAAAUGUCGGCAAAUUAUGUUUAUCUCAAAUGUAAAUCUACCGUUUUCCCUUUUUUUUGCUUGGCCCUUUUUUACUCCAUAAUUUUUCCUCCUGGGUCAGAAAUUAUAAGUAGGUAGAAGAAAAGUAAAACAUCUGUUUAUUUAUUGUCGAAAUGAAUUGUUUAUCGGAAACAAUUGAUAAGGGUCGGGUCGGAUUGAGGGCGCGCACUGGGGGUUACUGUAGAACGGAGACUAUUGAAAAUAAAAGCGAAUGAUUGAUGAGUGAUUGUUUUAUUUUUUCAGCGGAUUGCACCAAUUUCCGACACCAGACUUCAAAAAGACUGAAUUGAGCAGCAGUGAAGAUGGAAGACAAACACCAGAAGAGGAUAUUAAAAUCGAUGUUGAUUCGGAUGAUUUAGAAGCUUCACCUUCGCCAUCAAGUGGAAAUGGUGAUAUUGCAUAUGAUGCAGCUGAAAAUAUCAGAGAUACAACAAGUGAUAUUGGAGCAAUUGAAAAUGAUGCUGAAAAACCAUUUGCUUGUGAACACAGCAAUUGUUAUAAACGAUUUGCCAACAAAUUUCUUCUCAAAAAGCAUCGCUUUAUUCACACUGGCCUCCGACCACAUCAAUGUCCAUUUUGUAGUAAAAAGUAAGUUUCUUUUUUUUGUGGUUUUUUUUUGAGGAAGGAAGAUGUCCUUGAGACGGACGAGGUAAAUGAUAAAAUGGAAUGUUAUCAAUUUGUUUGCAGGUUCAACCGAAAGGACAAUUUGCUUCGACACAAGAAGACACACACUCAAAAUGGCGCAACACCAACUAUUGUUAAUCCAGUGACAAAUGUUUCAUUUGAAAGUGCCACCCCAAAAGCAAAAGCUGCAAAACAAUCUGCAAAAGUUGCAAACAGAGAAACUGCGCCAUUCACAAUGGCUAAUAUUGGAAUUGACAAUUUCAGAUUCCAUUUGGAGGUAAGUAAUGAUAGAAAACAACAAUAUCUAUCAAUUUGAAUUUAGAAUUAUUUCCAGCUCGCCAAAUUGACCAAUCCAACAUUCUUCAAAAAGGAGGAGACUAUUUGA